AUGCUGACCCGCCUGUUCAGCGAGCCCGGUCUCCUCUCGGACGUGCCCAAGUUCGCCAGCUGGGGCGACGGCGACGACGACGAGCCGAGAAGCGACAAGGGCGAGGCGCCGCCACCACCUCCGCCUCCGCCGGGGCCCGGGGCUCCGGGGCCCGCCCGGGCCGCCAAGCCCGUCCCUCUCCGUGCUGACGAGGUGCCGGAGGCCGCGCUGGCCGAGGUCAAGGAGGAAGGCGAGCUGGGGGGCGAGGAGGAGGAGGAAGAGGAGGAAGAGGAAGGGCUGGACGAGGCAGAGGGCGAGCGGCCCAAGAAGCGCGGGCCCAAGAAGCGCAAGAUGACCAAGGCGCGCCUGGAGCGCUCCAAGCUGCGGCGGCAGAAGGCGAACGCUCGGGAGCGCAACCGCAUGCACGACCUGAACGCGGCGCUGGACAACCUGCGGAAGGUGGUGCCCUGCUACUCCAAGACGCAGAAGCUGUCCAAGAUCGAGACGCUGCGCCUCGCCAAGAACUACAUCUGGGCGCUCUCUGAGAUUCUGCGCUCGGGCAAGCGACCCGACCUGGUGUCCUACGUGCAGACGCUGUGCAAGGGCCUGUCGCAGCCCACCACCAACCUGGUGGCCGGCUGCCUGCAGCUCAACUCGCGCAACUUCCUCACUGAGCAGGGCGCCGACGGCACGGGCCGCUUCCACGGCUCCGGUGGCCCAUUCGCCAUGCACCCCUACCCGUACCCGUGCUCGCGCCUGGCGGGCGCACAGUGCCAGGCGGCGGGCGGCCUGGGCAGCGGCGCGGCGCACGCCCUGCGGACCCACGGCUACUGCGCCGCCUACGAGACGCUGUACGCGGCGGCUGGCGGCGGCGGUGCGAGCCCGGACUACAACAGCUCCGAGUACGAGGGCCCGCUCAGCCCCCCGCUCUGUCUCAAUGGCAACUUCUCGCUCAAGCAGGACUCGUCGCCCGACCACGAGAAGAGCUACCAUUACUCUAUGCACUACUCGGCGCUGCCCGGCUCGCGGCCCACGGGCCACGGGCUGGUCUUCGGCUCGUCGGCUGUGCGCGGGGGCGUCCACUCGGAGAAUCUCUUGUCUUACGAUAUGCACCUUCACCACGACCGGGGCCCCGUGUACGAGGAGCUCAAUGCGUUUUUCCAUAACUGA